GCAAAAGGGAGAAAAUGCAAGCCAGCCAAGGUAAGGUGAGAGCCAAAGACGCACUUACCGAGCGAUGAAGUGACGGAGAGCAGUGGAGGAGAGAAACACGAUGAUGGAGCUUCAAACAGAAGAAGGAGAUUUGCAAGUUGGACAAAAACAAAUGUAUGAACAAAAUCUAUAAGCCACAGGAUAAACAAAACCUUGAUAAACCAAAGGAUGAAAUUCUAUUGCCAUUUUUCUUGUGUGAUAUUAAAUUAUUGAGUAAUUCUAUCAAAGGGUGUGCUUGGGUUGCGAAGGAGAAGAGAGGGCGUCGCGACUUCAAAGUGAGGGAUGAAAUUGUAGAGCUGAACUGAAAGAGCAAGAAAAGAGAGUUUCUGACAAACGCAAAUACAUUGGCGAAUCCUCUUAAGCUGCAGUGCUGCUGCACCAGGAUAUAGGUACCUCUUUUGAAUUUCUGCGCCGAAGACUUACCAGAAAGCAACCAUGGAUGUUGAUUCACAGCCAACUAUGGAAGAGACAAUAUUGGUUGGCGAUGAUCUAAUGAUGGGGCCUCCAUCACCUCUAGUCCCGCCAGAAAUAGCCUCCCAUGUGCUUGAAGGUGUUGAUUUGUGUGAUGGAAUCCUGAGGAACCUGUUUUUGUGCUUGCAAAUCAAUGACAUUGAACCAUUCUGUCAAGAUGAGAUUGCUCUGUAUCGCCAAUGCGCUGAAAGGAGGGAUAAGGAGAUAAGAAAACGUCAUCUAGAUAGUGAAUGUAAAUUGGGUUCAUCCAUGCCUUUAGAUGAUGCAAAAGAAAGGGCUAUUCAGCUUGAAUCAGAAGUUACAUCAUUGGAAAGGCGGAUGAUUCUUGCUAGUGGGAUGGAGGGUGUGGAAGGAUUCCGCCAACGAUGGAGCUUGCAUGGUCGCCUUACUGAUGCCAAGAGAAGAUUGGAGUCUUUGAAGAAGGGCAUAGAUGGGAGAAAGAAGGAUGGGCCUGCGGGUGGUUCAACUUCCAAAAGAUGGUUCUUCAGGUGAAGCUGCAGGUAUUGCCCGCUUAAUUAGUUCAUAAGAGGUUUCCCUACCAUGUAUUUCUUUUACAAUUUGAAGGGGGUUGCUAUGUAGGGUGGCAAUAGCUAUAUGUUUGGACAUAUCGAAGAUGAUGGAAAUGAUGGGUCUGUUUGAUUUUCAA